CACUCUUCUUUCCAAGUACUUCCCUUUUUCACUCUUCACAAAAAAAAAUGCAUUAAUCUCUCUCACCAGCUACUGCAGCUCCUCCUCCUUCGCCGUCGCCAUAGCUUCAGCUGCUGCAGAGGAAGACAGAGCGAACAAGAAGAAGAUGCCGAGGCCUGGUCCGAGGCCCUACGAGUGCGUCAAACGAGCUUGGCACAGCGAUCUUCACCAACCCAUCAGAGGCUCAAUCAUCCAUAAGAUUUUCAGACUUGUCAUGGAAGCUCACAGCGCGACGACGAAGAAGAACAAGGAAUGGCAGGAGAAAUUGCCGGUGGUUGUCUUAAAGGCCGAGGAGAUCAUGUACUCCAAAGCCAAUUCCGAGGAAGAGUAUACAAAUGCUGAGACGCUAUGGGAUAGAGUUAACGAUGCUGUUGAUACGAUCAUUAGAAGGGAUGAGAGCACUGAAACUGGGCAGCUUUUGCCUCCUUGUGUUGAAGCUGCCCUUAAUCUGGGAUGCAUUGCCGUGAGAGCUCCAAGAAGCCAACGGCAUAGUAACCUAAGGACAUACCUCGCCCCGACAAUUCAAGAACCAGUUUCCACCCCUCGUAGAACAGCGGAGACCAGUUCCAAUCAGCCAUACCGGGAUCAUCAAUCUCAUAAAUCUGGUAAACCGAACCAUACAGCUAAUGCAGGAAUUGCUGUGAAUGUAGCUGAUAAGGGUGCAAAUGAAAACAACAAAUUGAUAGCCCCUCGUGGUUAUCCAUCUCUACAUGGAUCCAUACAGAUGGGGCAUAGCCAGUUGGCAAGACUGGACACCAGUGCUCCCACAAACUUGGGGUCGGUCUAUCCUCUCUAUUACGGUGCUAAUAGUCAGACUGAAAAAUCGGACUGGUAUCAGGGUGUCACUGAACAAACUAGUGUUACACCCAUAAUCAUUGGCAUGCCCGUCGGUAUACCGGUUUCAUGUCAGGGUGAGAAGGCGGGGUUUCAGGAUCUUUUCUCUCGUUCAACUGCUGGUUUGGCUUCUCGAGAGACGGAACAAGCGAAACUGAAGGGAACCCGAGGUGAACCGACUAAGGCAGUCUGUGAUUUGUCUUUGAGGCUUGGUCCGUCAUCCGAGCCCUGUGCAAGAACGGACAAGGCUUCCUUCCUAGAAGAUGCGGUGUGUAGCAAUGUACGAGAUUGCGGGUCUAGUCAACAUUACCCGAGAAGAAAGGAAGAGUUUUGUUUUUUCUCUGGGAUGAAGAAGAAGGAUGUCUUUGAACCAGAUCGGGGUCAAUGGUUCUCGAGUUACGAAGGUCAGAAUUCAGAUUUAAGCGUGAAAAAGCGAAAAACAAUGUUCGGAGACACCCUAUAGGAUGUAAAGAGGGCCAGGUUUGUAAUCAGUAUUAUGACUGUACUAGUUUUUGGGUAUUCAUUUCAAAGCCAAAUGAUUUCUUCAACAAUGCAGUGGAUUCAUCAUUCUUGGAUUGUCGGGUUCUUUCUGACCCGAAUGGAAAAUUUUACUUGCUGAA